AUGACUAAUAUAAAAGAAGGUAAUGUGAAUACAUGUCAUGAAAAAGAUAAAGAAAAAAAAAAAGAUUCAACUGAAAAUAGAAAGAAGAAACAAAAUGAGAAAGAAAAGAAAAAUCCGAAUGAUAAUAAAAUAAAAAAAAUAGAAUACAAAAAUAAAAUAACAUACUUUUUCAAAGCGAAAAAUAAUAAACAAAAUGAUGAUACACAUAAAAAAAAAGACGAAAUAAAAAAUAAUAAUAUUGAAACAUUUAAUAACAAUGACAAAGGAAUAAAUAAUAAUAAUAAUAAUAAUAAUAAUAAUAAUAAUAAUAUUGAAACAUUUAAUAAUAAUGAAGAACAUAAUAAAAAUAAAUCGAAUGAAAACUUUUUUAAUAACCCUGACUUGUUGAUAAAAGAUGAAAAGAAUUUUAAAAGUUCAGAUUCAUAUUCAAAAAAUACAAUUUUAAAAAAAAAAAUAGACAUUUCUGAUGAUUUAUGGUUAAAUGAAAAAAAAAAUAAUAGUCCUAUAAUAAAACUAGAACCCUUAAAUACAACUAGCGAAAAGAAUUUAUUUGAAGCAUCUGACACUGAAAAUAUAGAAUUAUGUUCUAGAAAAAAUAUAGAAGAAAAAUGUUAUAAACAGAAUUAUUUAUAUGAUAAUUCUGUAAGUAAUAAUAUUAUUGAUAACAUAUCUAAGGAUAUGAAAAAAAAUAAAAUAUGUGAUACGAUCUUAAAAAAAAAAGAUUCUAUUGAAAAAGAAGAACACAUUCAUCUGAAUAAUAAUAGUAAUAGUAAUAAUAAUAAUAGUAAUAGUGACUUAUCUUAUAAUAAUCAGGGCAAUUCUGAAAAUCUGUUUCAUGAUGAAAAAAAAGAAAAUCCCUAUUUAGAUAAUCAUAAUAAAGAACAAUCGAAUAAAUCAAGAAAAAUUUCGAUUGUCAAUUUUUUUGGAGAUAAUAUAGAAAUCACAGUAAAUGUAAAUGAAGAAAAUGAGAACUAUGAAAGUGAAUCUAGCAGUGAUAACAGUCUUGUAAGAAGUGAAUUAAAUAGUAAUAAGAUUUGCAAGAAAAAUAUAAAUGAAACGAAUAUUAUAGAUACUAAUAAAAAUAAAAAUAAAAAAAAUAAUAAUAAAAAAAAUAAUAAUAAUAAUAUUUUUAAAAGAAAGUCCAUUUCGGAUUGUGAAAAUUAUAAUAAGAAAGAUAAAAAAAUUAAAAAAAAUAAAUUAAAUCAUCAUAAUCAUGAUUAUGAUUAUAAACAUGAUAAUAAUGAUGAUGAUAAAAUUAUCAAUUCUAGAAAUCAGAGAAAAACCGCAUCAAAUAAUAUUCAUAACGGAAAAAGAAACACAUGUCAUCUUUUCAAUUCUAAGAAUCUAAUAAAUAAAAGAACUUUAAUAUCUGAUAACGAAUUGGAUAUGUCAUACAAAAGUAGGAAGAGAACAAAAAUUGAAAGAACUGUUAAUAAAUCUGAAGAACAAAUAGAUAUGCAUCCACAAGAUAUAAUACAAAAAAAUGAUAAUCAAGAAAAUAAUGUUAUCGAAAGGAAAGAAUUAAUUGAUACGAAUAAAGAAACAAAUAAAUAUAAAAGUGGAAGACAAACAUGUGUGUAUGCAGAAAUAUUUAAUAAAUUCAAUGUGAAGAAUAAAAAAAAAAAAAAAAAAAAUGAACAAGAAAAAAAUGAGCCCCUUAAGAAUAUAACGGAUGGUAAAAUGAUAAAUGAUAUAUUAAAAAAUGAUACAUUAAAAAAUGAGAUAAUGGAUACAAAAUAUUGUUUACAAGAAAACAUAAUAAAAGAAUUAACUGGAAAGAUGCCCAUUGAAAAGGUACCCAUAGAAAAGGUACCAAUUGAAAAGACACCCAUAGAAAAGACACCCAUUGAAAAGGUACCUAAUAAAAUUAUCUCUAAUUUAAAAAUGCCAAAUUUGACAGUACCAAUUUUGAUGAUGACAAAUGAAGGUCUAAAAAGUUCAAGCACAUCAAAGGGAACAAAAAAAAUGAAUGAUAAUAUAAAAGGUGAUAAUAAUAUAAAAGAUGAUAGUAAUAUUAAUGGUGAUAAUAAUAUUAAUGGUGAUAGUAAUAUUAAUGGUGAUAAUAAUAUUAAUGUUGAUAGUAAUAUUCAAAGUGACCAUAAUAUUAAUGGUGAUCAUAAUAUUAAUGGUGAUCAUAAUAUCAAUAGUCACCAUAAUAUUAAAUGUAAUGGCCCACUUAAUAUACCAAUAAAUAUAAAUGAAACAGAAAAGAGUGCAAACAAUUAUACCCCUCAACUAACCAACAGAAAUAAUAAAAAAGAAGAUAAAAAUAAUUGUGAAGAGAAAGACAAAUGUAAUAUUGAAAAAGAUAUAUUAAACGAAAAAAGGAAAGUUCAAAUAUUAAGAGUAUUAAAUAAGUAUUACUUCGAAAAAGAAUAUAAUGAUUAUAUUUAUUUGGAUAGAGAGCAAACCAAAAAAAAAGAUUGUAUUGAAUUAUUAAAAGAUAGUUGUAAUAAACCAUAUACUUUUUUCAUUGCUGGUAAAUUUAAUUUGUUUAGUAAUUUUGUAUUAAUAAAAAAAUUAAAAGAUGUAGGAUAUAAUAUUACAUAUAAUAUGAGAAGAAGUAAUAGUUUAAUAUUAGGAUAUGAUAUAAGUAAUGAUAUAUUAAAAAAAGUAGAGAAUUUUAAAGGAGAAGUAUUUGAUGAAAAAAGUAUAAUGAUUCAUUUAAAAAUUAAUAUACAAAAUCGUAUGAAUUUAUUUAUACCUAUAAAUAAAUAUAAUGGAAAAAGAUAUAAAAUAUAUUUUAAUGAAAGUAAUAUAAAGAAUUCUCCAGUCUCUUUAAUAAAUAAGAAAUUACAUUUUUUUUGUAAGACAAUGAAUACAUAUAUUGAAAAUAUAAAUAUGAAUAAUAUAGAUUAUAAAAAAUUAUUCAAUUUAAAAAGACUUAUGAAUAGUUUUUUAUUAUUUUUACAUAUGGGGAGAAAUAAAUUCCAAUCAGAUAUUAAUUCAAUCUUAUUUUAUUAUAAAAGAUAUUAUUCUCUUAAAAAACCAUUAAAUGAACAAAAUUUAUAUAAUUAUAUAUUCUUUUUUAAAAAAAUAUGUAAACUAUUUAGUACCUCAUAUGUAAAUAAUGAUAUGUUAACAUUAAAAAGUAAUACAUCUUUUGAAAUUUAUGUAAAUAAUAAUGAACCAUUAAAUAAUGAUGACAAAAAUAAUAAUGAUAUAAAAACAUUAAAUAUAGUCAAAGAAUUUAAAAAAAAUAAUCAUGAUGAUAAUAAUAUAGAUAUAUAUAGUGAACUCAAUACAGAUAUGUAUAGCAACGAUAUAUAUAGUAAUGAUAUAUAUAGCAACGAUAUAUAUAGCAACGAUAUUUAUAGCAACGAUGUUUAUAGCAACGAUAUAUAUAGUAACGAUAUAUAUAGCAACGAUAUUUAUAGUAACGAUAUAUAUAGUAACGAUAUAUAUAGUAGUGAUAUGAAUAGUUAUAUGACAGGUAAAUUAUCUAACGAAAUAUCUAACGAAAUGAAUGUUGAAAUUAAUAGACAAUUUAAUCGAAAAGAUGUUUGUUCUAUAAAUAAUAUACAUUCAAAUAUAAUUCCUUCCAAUUUUUUUUAUUCAAAUAUGAUACCUUCCAAUAUUUUAUAUUCAAAUAUUAUACCAUCCAAUUUUUUAUAUUCAACAAAUAAUUCAAGAUCUUCAGUGGAUAAUCAAAAAUGUGUUCUUAAAUGUGAAUCUAAUAAAACUUAUAAUUCUGAUGUAGUAUUACCUAAAGAAGAAGAUCUUAGAAAUAAUAAUUUCAGUAAAGAUAUUUGUAUUGAUCCUAAUUUUUCUUCUUUUGAUUAUAUGUCAAGUGAUGACAUGGAUUAUUAUAAUCACGAUCACAACACACAAUCACAACAAAAGGAAAAAAUAAACAACAACAAGGAAAAGGAUAAUAAUGAUAAUAACAAUAACGAUGUUAAUGACAAUGUUAAUGACAAUGUUAAUGACAGUGACAAUUUUAAUGUUAAUGUUAAUUACAAUGACAGUGUUAGUAGUCGUAGAACCCACUUAAAUUUGAGAAAUACACAAGAUAAUACACAUAAAAGGUUGGAAGAACAAAAUAAUGAAAUUAAAGAGAAAAAAAAUUUUGAAGAACAAAAUAUUCUAGAGAAUAUGAAAAGGAGUGAGAAAUUAAAUAAUAUAAAUAAUUUGUGGAGUAGUUUUUUUGAACCAAAUAGUUUAUAUGAAAUUGCUGGACAUAGAAAUGAAAUUUUAAAAUUAUAUAAAUUUUUAAAAAAAAAAAUUAAUAAUAAAUUAAAUGAUAAAAUAUAUGAAUAUGUAGAUUUUUCAGAAAAAAGUAGUGAAUAUAAUAAAUGUUUUAAAACUGAUAAUGUAAAUAUUAUUUUUUUAUUGUAUCCACCAAAUUGUGGAGUUAAAAGAUUAGUUGAAUUAACAUGUUAUGCAUGUGAUUUAUGUCCAAUAUAUGAAAAUAAAGUUCAAAAAUAUAAAAAUAUUAAUUAUUUUUUUAAAUAUACUCAUGGUCUUAAAGGGAUAUCAAUAUAUAAUGCAAAUCGUUUAGAUAAACAAGCUAUGAAUGAAUUAAAUACAAGAAAUGAUGUAUGUAUUUGUUUAUAUGAAGAUAAAAAUUAUAUUAUAAAUAAUUUUAAUAAUUUUACUCUACCUUUUCUUGAUAAUAUUAAUCAUUUACUUAUCAAAUUCUCAUAUCCAUCCAAAAAAGCUCUCUUUUAUAGAUGUUUCGCUGUAUCAUCAUGUGUAAUCAAAAAUUUAAGAAAAAAAACAUUCAAAAUUUUGUUUGAAAUAUGUAAACUAAAAAAUUUAUCUUAUUCAAUAGAAAGUAUAUAUAACAAGGUCCAUUUAAUCUCAUCUUAUAUAAAUUACAUAAAAGCUAAUGAAUCUUCUGCAAAUGAUAUUUGUAGUAACACCAUUGGUCACCACACUCAUACAAUGGAAAUAUAUGAAAAUGAAGGAAAGCAAAGAAUUCAAAGAAUUCAAAGAAUUCAAAGGAUUCAACGGGUUCAAAGGGUUCAAAGGGUUCAAAGGGUUCAAAGGAUUUGUGAGGAUGAACUGGUUGUAAGAAAUGAAAACAUCGAUAAAAAUAAAACAGAUGAUAUGAAUUGUAAUAAUUAUGAUAAUAAUAAAAAUAAAACAGAUGAUAUGAAUUGUAAUAAUUAUGAUAAUAAUAAAAAUAAAACAGAUGAUAUGAAUUGUAAUAAUAAUAAAACAGAUGAUAUGAAUUGUAAUAAUAAUAAAACAGAUGAUAUGAUUUGUAAUAAUAAUAAAACAGAUGAUAUGAUUUGUAAUAAUAAUAAAACAGAUGAUAUGAAUUGUAAUAAUUAUUAUAAUAAUAAUAAUAAUAAUAACAGUAGGAACAGUAAAUCAUUGUGUAGAAGAAAAUAUAAUGAAUACAAUUAUGAUCAUAUAAAAUAUAGAAAAGAUGAUUUUUGUUUUCCAAAUAAUAUUAUAUACGAAUAUAUUAGAACACAUUUAUUAAAUCGUUUUGUUAUAUAUAAUUAUGAUGAUAUUGAAGAAGAUAUUUAUGCAGAUUAUCAUAUGAAUAAUAUACAAGAAGAUAAUUUAAAAAAAUUAAAUCAAUUAAAUAAAGAAUAUUAUUUUUAUGGUGGUUUUGAUUCUGAAGAAAUUAAUAAUAUAAUUUAUGAUUCUUAUGAUAAAUUAUAUAUACAUAAUCCAAGUUUUAUUUUAGAUUUUAAUAUAAAUAAAAAUGAUAAUAUGCUAGAAGAUAAUAUUGAUUAUUUAUAUAUAGAUGAAAAAUCAAAAAAAGAUAGACAACGUAUUUUAAUGGAUAAUUUAGAAUUAUUCUUAUAUGCAUCUAUAUUAUUAAAAUCUAAAGAUAUUAAUAUUUCUUAUAUUGCUGUUGAUAUGGCUAUUUAUUGGAAUAAAUUUCUUUAUAUGAAUCCUUGUUUUACCAAAAAAAAAAAAACAAAAAAAAAAAAACAAACAAAUAUACAAAUUAGUGUAUAUCAAAAAGAACAAUCAGUUAAUUUUAAUAAUAAUGAUUAUAUUAAUCAAACAAAAUUAAAAGAUCAUUUAAAAAAUAAAACUGAUAAAUGUAAUAAAGGAUAUAAUGAUAAAGUCAAAAAAUAUAAACAACUUAUUAUGCAAUUUAAUUGCCCAUUCAAUUUCUCAUCCGCAAAUAUUGUAUAUGAUAUAUUGCAAAGCAAUAAAGUAGUUAAUUUUAAUGUAAAAAAAAGAGGAUAA